AUGUCAGAUGUAAAACGAUCAUUACUGGAUAUGAGUCCUGGCGGAAAAACAGAUGAUGAAGAAGAACCAUCGGAAGAUGAGAUGAUUGAGUCCAAUGAGACUUUUGCCGAAUUUUGUUCACGUAAGUGACG